AGGGGCCAGUUACGCGCAGCUCUCAUACGUCCGCCGUUUCUCGGUGUCAGUUGUGUUCGGAGGGCCAGCGAGGUGCCCCACGGUUGUCAAGAACGCUAACAAACAACUGACGAAGUGUUUAUAUGCUACUUAAUUGAGGUGUAACGUUUAAAGUGAGUGACGAUAUCUUGGGGGCAACAUUAUUUGUUUUACCUAGUGUAAAUUGAGAAAAAUAUGGAGUCCUGGAGGAGUUACGCAACAAUUUGUAGAUUAUGCUUGCAAAAAGACGGGUUUAUGUUGGGCAUUUUCAAUCAUAUCCAAGGUAAAGAUAAGAGUAUUUAUAAGAAGAUAAUGGAUUGCACUGCACUUCAGAUAUCUUACGGUGACGGUUUACCGAACGUAAUUUGCCACAGGUGUUUGUAUAAAAUAGAAUUUUGUCUGGAAUUUCGUCAAUUAUGUUUUAUGUCGGACGCCACACUUCGUCAAAUAAGUUCGGCUGCAAAAGAAAACGGAUCGGAUAGUUUAAAUGGAAAUUCAUCACAAUUUUCCGCUUACGAACAAUUAGGAGCCCAAGAGAAUGGAGAAAAUGUGGUUAUGGUGGUGGAUCCGAAUACCUUCGACUACGAAACUGACGUAGAAUCCGAGAAAGAAAUUGUUAUAAGCGAUACAGAAAACGGGGAAUCUAACGACGUCGAACCUGAACCCGAGCAUGAAUCUGAAGGAAGGGGAGUUAGUAUGUGCAAAUACUGCGAUCACGCGUUUACUGAUAAAAACGAAUGCCAAAAUCACGAAACUAAUGCACAUAAUAGCGAAACUCCCUACAAUUGCGGUAGUUGUUACAUGAGUUUCGCCGAUAGGGUCGUAUAUUCCGCCCAUUUGAAAAGUGUCCAUAAGAACGACAAACCCUAUAACUGCCCCCAAUGUAACAGAACAUUCGCCAGACGAUCGGAUCUGCGUAAACAUACGAUAGUCCACACGGGCGUUAAACCUUUCACUUGUACCAUUUGCUUCAAAUCCUUCUCUAGAAACACGAAUUUAUCCAAACAUAUGAGAAUCCAUUCCGGUUCCAAACCGUUCGUUUGUCCCAAAUGCCCGAAAACCUUCACUUCCAAAGGAGAUUUGUCCAGACACGCCCUAAUUCACAACGGACAGAAACCUUUCAGUUGCAAUUACUGCCCUUUGAGUUUUGGAAGAAGGGACAAGUUGCAGAGACAUGAAAAACGUCAUUUUCCGCAACACACUGAGGAUAAAUCUCAAGAACUGCAAAUGAUGAGGGAAAAUCUGUCGAUUUUUUCAACUGUUAUUGAAAAGAAGCCGGAAGAACAAACGGAAGGAUCCUCGGAAAAUAUGGUGAUAAAUUUGGAUCCUUUCAAUCACAACGAAUACAAUACGGAAACUACUCCGCAACGAGGGGGAAAUACCGAAAUUGGACAAUCGAUGGAAACGAAGAAAGAUGAGACCGUUCCGGUUGAAAACGAACCCGUUUUACAGGAAAAACCUUUCAGAUGUUCCCAAUGCACGAAACGGUUUUCCAAAGCCGAAAAUCUGUUGUCCCAUCAAGCGAUUCAUUCGGAAGAUAGACCGUUCGGUUGCCACAUUUGUAAUAAAUCUUUUAUCAGGAAAAGGGAGUUGGACAGACACGUCGCCACACAUUCUGGCAUGAAACCGUUCAAAUGUCCGAGAUGUAGCAAAAGUUUCGGUCGCAAAGAUAAAAUGAUGAGACACGUUCGAAUUCAUGACGUAAAUAAAACGUUUACUUGUAAAAUUUGCGGUAACACGUUCAAUAGAAGAGACAGUCUUCAUCAGCACAUGAAGAUUCACGCUACCAAAGAGACUGCGGAAACCGAAAUUGGACCCGAAUAAUUUUUUCAUUAUUUUUUAUCGAUACAGUAAGUGGCCUUUUUAUGGAAUUCAUAUUUUUAUUGUCAAAAAUGUUCCUAUUUCUAAUAAAUUUGAGUAAAAA